AUGGGCUUCAACCCCUUCCGGUCUGUGAAGAACUUCUUCCACGACCUCAAGAAUGCUCCCGAGGGACAGUACAUUACCUCCGCGGCUGCACCGACCCAGUUCCCCAGCCAGGACUCGUUCAACCUCCCCGAGAAGGUGCACUACCUCGAGACCAGCGCACGUCUGAGCCGGCACUUCACACAUGAAUCCCUGGAGAAGCUCGAGCAGAAGGGAGCCGCGCCCCUACCGCCCCGCCCGGAGAAGAAGAAAGGCAGCGUGCUUGAUGCUGUCGUGAGGGCGGCAGGAUCGAGGUGGACCCUGGGUGUCGUGCUCCUCCUCCUGGUCGUGUGGGGCGUUCUGGGCGCCGUGUUUGGACCCACGGACACCUGGCAGGUCAUCCUACAGGAUGUCUCUUCCAUCCAGGCUUACACUUCUGCCACGCUUCUCAUGCGACAACAGAACAACAACACCCGCAGCCUUCUGCAGCGGAUCUGUGGCCUCAUCUCCCGCAGCGAGUCCAAUGAGCGCAUGAUCCGGUCCCUGACGCCCGAACAGCGCGCCAGGCUCAGGGCUUCCACACAGAAGAUCAGGUCUGAAGUGGUCGACUCGCUCGCCCACAAGCAAGACGUGUUUGACAAGAUCUCGAACGGUGUUGCCAAGGCCACAGGGUCUCUGAUCGCCCUGAUCAUCUACUGGGCGGGCAUCAUCGGCUGGGCGUUCUCCGGACUGCCCCUGAAAUUCUCCGACACCUGGCAGCUCGACGUCAACACGGCCACCGCGCUUGAGAUCACCUUCACGACGGUCUUCUUGCAGAACAUCCGUAGUGCCCAUGACAAGCACCUCGACAAGACUGUCCAGGGGAUCGAGCGCCUCGACACCGAGAUCGAGAUGCAGCUGCGGCGCAUGACGGGCGACAUGACGCCGAACCCCACCAUCGCCAGCGAGCCCUUCAAGCUGAACCGAUGGGUCAAGGGGCUGGACAUCUACGCAUACAUCAUUGGAGGGUCGGUGGGUGUGGUGAUCUCAGCGUUUGUGUUUGGCACCUGGAUCCUUGUUGGAGACCCGAUGGAGUUUGAUGACAACUGGUUCCUCAUCAUCGGCACAUACACCGGCCUGAUUGGUUUCAUCGACGGCUUCAUCCUCAAGAACGUCGACGCGCGUGAGGCCAAGCUGGCCAUGAAGCACUUUGACAAGUUACUUGCACAGGAUAGCAGGAUCUUUGCGCUGAUCGGGGUCGAGGUGCCGGAGAGCCAGCUGGUGGUCAAGGACUCGCUCAACAUCCGCAUCAGCAAGACGGUGGGACGUUGGGUGGAGAGCACGACUGCAAGUUGGGGGUCGAUCCUCACGGUGUUUGCGCUCCUUAUCGUGGCGUCGGCGAUGCAGUGGACCGAGACGGGCCAACUGCUCUGCAACACGCCGACCAUGAUCAUCGAGGGCUUCCUGCUGCUGACGCUGAUCCAAGCCGAGAACAUUGCGGAUGAUAAGAAGCGGGUUACCUAUGAUAACAUUCUGAACCGCAGGCUUGUUCUAGACAAGCACCUUGCAGGGUGGGGAGGGUCAGAUGACUAUGGCUCGGAUGGGAUGAGCUUUGACGAGAAGGAUGGCGUUGCUGUGCAGACAUUCAAGAUCAAUGGCCAGGACGUGGAGAUGGGCGGAUCCUUCUAG